AAAAAACCUGCAACCAACACUGCGGUCCACACCAACCAACCGCCUUCUUUUUUCGUUCUCGAAGCGUGCCGCCCACGGGGAACACCACACGCCGAGUCGACAAUAUAUAACCCACGACACAGCCGCGCGCGGCGCGCGGCGGCACAAAACGUGAGCACCAAACUGAUCCCCUCCUCGUCUCCACGCUCCGCUUCUCCUCCAAGCCAAAUUCUGAAACACCAACCCAGAUCCUUCUCUCUCUCUCUCUCUCUCUCUCUCCGGCCAUGUCCGAGGCGGUAGAUGAACAGAUAUCGGCGGGGAAGCAGGCGAAGCACAAGCACUGGUGGACGAGGAACCGGAAAUGGAUGAUCAUGGCUUGCGUGCCGCACGUCGUCCGCGGCGACCGUCCGCGGGGCUUUGAUUGCGGGAUCAAGCUGAAAAUUCCUCCGCGCGCCACCCGACUCGCCGUGCACCGGAGCAUCGCGCCGCGCCGCAAGACCAUCGACGACCACCCCUACUUCGUCGCCAGCACCGAUCACCAUGGCCGCCUCCUCCUAUGCGCCAGCCAGGGGCCCGAACCGGAGCCUCCCGUCCUCGACGCCUUCUACCGUGGGCCGCUCGGCGUGCACCACGGCUUCCCCAUGGCGUACUUCAUCUGCGACACGCGCACCCGGAGGUGCACCCGCCUCCCCGACCGCCGCCUCCCCAUCCUCCACCCCGGGAACGUUUGCCUCGUCGGCACUGCGAGCGGCGGGUUCAUCGUCACCGAUCUCCACCCUACGCCCGGGGACCAACAGGCUAUCCUGUUCAUGUACAACUCGGCUUCUGGAGUCUGGAAGGACCGUGUGGUCAACUACCCUCCGCGCGAUCGUCCCUGGGGCGGCAACGGCGUCGUCGUGCACCAGAUGAUGAUCUGGUGGGUGGAUCUCUCCUACGGCCUCCUCGCGGACCUCGCCUUCGACCAACUCCGCCGCGUCGUCCCCGGCAUCCAUCACGAUCUGCGCUUCAUCCCGCUCCCCGAUGGCUGCGAGCUUCCACCGGGCACGGCGGACCUCGACAAGUGCCGCUGCGUGGGGCUGAGGCGCGACGAUCUGCGUUACGUGCAGAUCCACAAGCGCGACGGCGACCCGGCGGUCAGCAUGUGGACGCUCGAUCAGCUUGCCGGGACUUGGAGCUUCGACUGCGAGGCGAGCUUCAAGGCGAUCUGGAACGACGAGGGCUACAGGGCGACCAAGCUGCCGCCGGAGGUCCCCACGGUGGCGCUCAUCCACCCGGAGCACCCCGGCGAGGUGGCCUACUUCUUCCUGCACUCGCGGGUGUUCGGCGUCGACCUGCGCGCGUGCAGUGUCCUGGAGUGCGAGUUCUUCGCGAUGCUGAAUCCGCCGAUGCGUUACCACUCGUCCCGAUUCGUGCGUGCCUGGCGUCUCCCAGUCUCAAAUUCUGCUUCUAACAAUCAGAAAAAAGGUACUUACGCGCCCAGCGAACGAGGGAUCCGCGCGUCUUAAUUAGACAAAGGUUAUGACGAUUAAAAGGGGGGAAAAAAAGGUGCUCCUCCGGUGAGUACGAGGAAUUCAGCUAAGUCUAGCUCACCGGCCGGUCAUGACUUUGUCCUGAUGAUUUGCUGAUCGUUGAACAAAUGAUCUAAUGACCAUGAGUAUCGUUAAGUGGAACAUUUAUGCAUUCUGUAUUUCGUGGACCUAUGUUGGGAUAUUUCAUAGCACCAUUUGUUUUUCCUAAAUGUAGAUUGUCAAUCGUCUUAAA